GAGGACUUUAAAAGGCAAAAGUCAGACAGAGACAGAGAGAGGAAUACCACACGUUCAUCUGAAAAACACUUUGAGACUUCGACAGAAGUAACUAACUAAAAUGGCAGACGUAGCCAUUCCCAAAGCCGCUCCUAAAUUCAAGCAGAGGGCCAUGCGCACCUUCAAGAGCAAGGCACCCAAACCAGGCCAGAAGGGAUUCGGAGACGACAUCCCCGGCAUGGAGGGUCUCGGCCCAGACAUCACAGUCUGUGGGAAGCCUUCGGGGACAUGGAGCUCAGCGACCUGGCCAAAUAUGAAAUCGUCUAGCCCCGAGUUUUCACAGUUCUCGUAGCAGCUGAAAUCUUGUUCAUUUAAUCUUGUUGGCUCCAGAGAGGCUAGAGCUUUUGAUCAUUGAAAGGUGUAACCUGAAAACAAAAGUAAAAAUCCAGCACUAUCUCUUUA